AUGCCACCAUUGCCUUCCACCUCAAUUGGGUCAGAUAUUUCAAUUUUUCAUCCAAAAGUCUUACUAUUAUCUGCUAGUAUAACUACCACAAUCAUAUUUUCAAUCAAAUUUUAUCGACAAUAUUUGAAAAGAAUACGUACAUAUCUAGAUAUAACUCCUAGAAUACUAGAUAAUAAUCAGAAAUUAUAUGGAUAUGUUACAAGAGUUGGAGAUGGUGAUAAUUUCCGAUUUUAUCAUACCCCUGGUGGUUGGUUAUCAGGUUGGGGAUGGUUAAGAAAAAUUCCAACUGCAAGUUCAAUCUUAAAAGAUGAUACAUUAAUGAUUAGAUUAUGUGGUAUAGAUGCUCCUGAAAGAGCACAUUUCGGUAGACCAAGUCAACCAUAUAGUGAAGAAGCAUUAAAUUGGUUAAAAAGUUAUGUUGAAAAUAAAUUUGUUACAAUUACUCCAUAUUCUAUUGAUCAAUAUAAACGAAUAGUAGCAAGAGCACAAGUUUGGAAAUGGUCAGGAAAGAAGGAUGUCAGUGCGGAGAUGUUAAAACAAGGAUUAGCUGUUGUUUAUGAAGGUAAAAUUGGUGCUGAAUUUGGUGAUAACGAAGCAUGGUAUAAAAGAAUAGAAUCACGAUCAAAAUGGUUGAAAAAAGGUAUUUGGUCUCAAAAGAAACUUGUAACACCAGGAGAAUUCAAGAAGAAACAUAAUAAUAACGGAUAA